AUGACUAUAAGGAACCAACGAUUUUCUCUUCUUAAACAACCUAUAUCCUCCACACUUAAUCAGCAUUUGAUAGAUUAUCCAACCCCGAGCAAUCUUAGUUAUUGGUGGGGGUUCGGUCCGUUAGCUGGUAUUUGUUUAGUCAUUCAGAUAGUGACUGGCGUUUUUUUAGCUAUGCAUCACACACCUCAUGUGGAUCUAGCUUUCAACAGCGUAGAACACAUUAUGAGAGAUGUUGAAGGGGGCUGGUUGCUCCGUUAUAUGCAUGCUAAUGGGGCAAGUAUGUUUCUCAUUGUGGUUCACCUUCAUAUUUUUCGCGGUCUAUAUCAUGCGAGUUAUAGCAGUCCUAGGGAAUUUGUUCGGUGUCUCGGAGUUGUAAUCUUCCUAUUAAUGAUUGUGACAGCUUUUAUAGGAUACGUACUACCUUGGGGUCAGAUGAGCUUUUGGGGAGCUACAGUAAUUACAAGCUUAGCUAGCGCCAUACCUGUAGUAGGAGAUACCAUAGUGACUUGGCUUUGGGGUGGUUUCUCCGUGGACAAUGCCACCUUAAAUCGUUUUUUUAGUCUUCAUCAUUUACUCCCCUUUAUUUUAGUAGGCGCCAGUCUUCUUCAUCUGGCUGCAUUGCAUCAAUAUGGAUCAAAUAAUCCAUUGGGUGUACAUUCAGAGAUGGAUAAAAUUGCUUUUUACCCUUAUUUUUAUGUAAAGGAUCUAGUAGGUUGGGUAGCUUUUGCUAUCUUUUUUUCCAUUUGGAUUUUUUAUGCUCCUAAUGUUUUGGGGCAUCCCGACAAUUAUAUACCUGCUAAUCCGAUGCCCACCCCGCCUCAUAUUGUGCCGGAAUGGUAUUUCCUACCGAUCCAUGCCAUUCUUCGUAGUAUACCUGACAAAGCGGGAGGUGUAGCCGCAAUAGCACCAGUUUUUAUAUGUCUGUUAGCUUUACCUUUUUUUAAAAGUAUGUAUGUGCGUAGUUCAAGUUUUCGCCCGAUUCACCAAGGAAUCUUUUGGUUGCUUUUGGCGGAUUGCUUACUACUAGGUUGGAUCGGAUGUCAACCUGUGGAGGCACCAUUUGUUACUAUUGGACAAAUUUCUCCUUUUGUUUUCUUCUUGUUCUUUGCCAUAACGCCCAUUCCGGGACGAGUUGGAAAAGGAAUUCCUAAUUCUUACACAGAUGAGACUGAUCAGUGA